CCGAUGGGCACUGGCCCGUUGAAAAUUCGCGGAACCUCCACAUGGAAAAAUUGGGAGCAAGCUCGCAGUUUGUUGGUCAGCGCCUUCCUUCCCAGUCGUUGCUCUUCCCGUCAACUUUAACGAAUAAAUUAUCAAUUUUUAUCUAAUUUUCAUCAUCUAUAAAUGAACAUAGCUCCCAAAGUAUCUGUUUGAUCCUCGAUUCCACAAAAUCGGCGUAGCUGCCUCUCACCCCUGUUCUCUCCGUCCCAAAAUUCGGAUUUUUGAGCCAUCGCAGUCCCCGAAUUCGUGAUUUAUUCUAUAAUUACUGUUCAAAAUUAGGAUUUUGAUCAGCCGCUCGGCAAUCGAUGUGUCGAUUUCAUGGGCAAUACAUGCCGGGGAUCAUCCGGGAGCAAGUAUUUUCAAUCAUACGCGGAGCCGACGGAGCUUUGCGGAUCUAAACGGAGUUUCUCUUCUUUCAAUCCUUCGAUCCCUUCACAUUCCUCCGACGAGGAACUCACCUGCUCCGGCGGCAUGAAACGGGCCGUUGAUCCUCCGGCUAACUCGGUGCUCGGCCACAAAACACCUAACAUCUACGACUCCUUCAAACUCGGUCGGAAAUUAGGGCAAGGGCAGUUCGGAACUACGUAUUUGUGCACGGAGAUCGCCACCGGGAUUGAGUACGCCUGCAAGUCGAUUACCAAGCGUAAGUUGAUUACUAAAGAGGAUGUGGAGGAUGUUCGACGGGAGAUACAGAUAAUGCAUCAUCUCUCCGGCCAUAAGAACGUGGUGCAGAUCCAGGGCGCGUAUGAAGAUCCGCUUUAUGUCCAUAUCGUCAUGGAGCUCUGCGGUGGAGGAGAGCUGUUCGAUCGGAUUAUUCAGAGGGGGCAUUACAGUGAGAGGAAAGCCGCGGAGCUGAUCAAAAUUGUUGUUGGAGUCGUUCAGGCUUGUCAUUCUCUCGGCGUCAUGCAUCGUGACCUAAAACCGGAGAAUUUUCUGCUUGCUAACAGGGAUGAUGAUUUAUCUCUCAAGGCAAUUGAUUUUGGGCUCUCUGUGUUUUUCAAACCAGGCCAGAUCUUCACUGAUGUGGUUGGGAGCCCAUAUUAUGUAGCUCCAGAGGUACUCUGCAAACACUACGGACCAGAAGCUGAUGUCUGGACAGCUGGUGUUAUACUCUAUAUAUUGUUGAGCGGAGUGCCGCCCUUCUGGGCCGAAACACAACAAGGCAUAUUUGAUGCAGUUUUAAAGGGUCAGCUUGAUUUUGACUCAGAACCAUGGCCUUUGAUAUCUGACAGUGCUAAGGAUCUUAUCAGAAAAAUGAUUUGCCCUCGUCCUCAAGAUCGAUUGACCGCCCAUGAAGUACUAUGUCAUCCUUGGAUUUGUGAGAAUGGUGUUGCUCCUGAUAGCGCUCUGGAUCCUGCGGUUCUCUCUCGGCUUAAGCAAUUCUCGGCAAUGAAUAAAUUGAAGAAGAUGGCUCUUCGAGUCAUAGCAGAAAGUCUCUCAGAAGAGGAGAUAGCUGGAUUACGAGAAAUGUUCCUGGCAAUGGACACAGAUAGUAGUGGAACAAUUACAUUCGAUGAGCUGAAGGCUGGUCUUAGAAGAUAUCGUUCAACAUUAAAAGAUACGGAAAUUCGAUGUCUUAUGGAUGCCGCCGAUGUUGACAGCAAUGGCACAAUCGAUUAUGGAGAGUUCAUUGCUGCAACUGUUCAUCUCAAUAAGUUGGAGCACGAAGAACAUUUGGCGGCCGCGUUCUCGUACUUCGAUAAGGACGGAAGUGGGUACAUAACAGUUGAUGAACUUCAACAAGCCUGCAAGGAGCAUAACAUCACUAAUGUGUUCAUUGACGACAUCAUUAAAGAAGUUGAUCAGGAUAAUGAUGGCCGGAUCGACUACGGUGAAUUCGUCGCGAUGAUGCGAAAAGGAAACAUGGGAAAUUUGGGGCUCGGCCUUGGAAGGAGGACGAUGCGGAAUAGUCUGAGAAUGAGCACGAGAGAGUAAUCAGCGAGGAAUCAACAAACCAAACCAUCCAUAAGAAGCGAAGGUCUUGCUUGUAAAAUUCUACAUUUUGUGUCUUUAUAUGAAAAUUGUGAGAAGAAACAGCAGAGCUCUUGAAGAUUUAUGUAUCUUCAGUACAGAAAUUAAGAGUUUUGCUGCAUAGCAUCUGGAGCCAUGGAAAGCUGUUUUCAGUGUAAGUUAAAGUUUGUGUUAAAUUAUUACAAAAAUACCCUUUCUCAGAGGAUUAGAAGAGAAUUCUUUUACCUGAAACCAUUAAAACUAUAGUACAGAUAAUUACACUGACAUUAUUUUUGAAACAUAGAUGAAAUAAAGUGA